AUGGAUAAUGAGGGGGAUCGCUCGGCUGCUCCCCUCAACAGUGGUGAAUAUAGAGGAAAUGUUUUUACCCUAAAUUCGGAUGAUGAGAAAAUCGAAGAGUAUGUUGAUAUGGCUCAUCGGAGGGGAACAACAAAAGGAGCUAAUUAUCCCAGUUCGGAUGGAAGGGCUGGCCACAACGUCAGAUCAAAGGUCAAAAAGGGACAACGUGGUCGAAACCACGGGGGUCAUAGUAGCGGUGUAAGCAGUGGCAAUAGCAGCGCUAGCCGUUGUAGUAACAGCCAAGAGAGUGAAAAUCUCAAGGGCAUAGCAACCCCCCACAGGAAUAACAUGGACGCGGUCUCACACGUAGGAGAGUCAGGUGGUGAACAAAUUAACAGAAACAGCAGCUGCAGGAAGACGGGACAGAAAACUUCGGAUGGAAGGAUCCCCAUGAACGGUGAACACGUGAGCGAUAGCAUUUAUUCCUAUCAUAAGAACAGAGCACACGGUGGUGCAAAUCAUGGCAACACCACAGCUGGGGCACAAAAUGAAAUUUCCCAGGGCACUGAUAAUGAUGAGGCCAGCGAGGCACAGAUGAACGACAGGAGCAGGGCCCUGCUGCACGAAAAUAUGAACAGCAUAAACAGCAUGAAUGUAAUGGGAUCGAAUGAAAACGUAAUUGGGGUGUCGACACAUUGUAUGGAAAUGUCGUCAAAUGUUGGGGUCCCUAACUUCAUGGUUCCAAACGAGCGAGCAGGCAAUGGCCAAAGCAGCGAACCAGUCAACGAUAGCAUAAUUAGCAGUAAUGCCCCUCUGGGUAGUGGCACAAGCCAAAUGAAUAGGAGAAGGAGAAAAAACAGGAGAGCCAAAAUUAUAAAAAAGUGUGGUGGACUGAAAGACAAAGAAGAACCCAUUUUGCCUUUUUAUGUUAUAUGCGACUAUCUAGAUUUUGUGGAGAGAAAAAUGUAUGUAAACAAAUUCCGAUUUAAAUUAUAUGACCCCAUUUAUCAGCUGGGGAAGUACCGCAAUUGUGCAGGGGUUGUUCUAAAGAAGGAUUUAAAAAAAAGCUGUUUAAAUUAUAUCGACUCUAAUUUUAUAUUUUUAAAAAAGGAGUUAUGCAAAAUUGAUCUAGAUAUUGACAUAAGAUGUCCAACUAAACAGAUCUUUAAGCACGUGUGCUACCGAAUGAAUGUGGACCCCACACAUGUGCUCAUAUUUCCAUACCCCCCGCUAAAUAGCCCUAUAAAUUUUAACCCUUACAAUAUUGAUUCCUUCACCUCUAAUUCCGAUUCGGAUGGAGACAAUUACCAAAAAAAUAGCAACUCGAAUUAUGGGCCCAUGCCAUUUGAAAUGCUAAUAAAACAACAUGCCGUAGCAUUAGAGCACAAUUCACUCACCGAACAAAAAACUUUUUGUUUGUCUCUUCUUCCAUUUCAUUACAAAUAUUUCACCAGACUGUACCCGGAAGAUUCCCCCAAAUAUUUCCACUAUGUAGUUCACUUGUUCAACGCAAAUGUACAAUCCGUUGCGGCAUUUACAGGGCAUAUUAAGCUUAAGAAAAGCCUACCUAAUAAGAAUAGAGGCGAGGAUAAUUACUUUCAAGGGGAUGUAGACUCUAGCAGUGAGGUCUCCGGAUCAUCCAACUCCGACAGGUCCAGUAGCACCAUGGCCAACCGAAACUAUGUGGCCAAUAAUUACACAACUGUGCAAGAUUUAAUAGAUAAAAUUAAGUUAGAAAUUAACCCCUACUUGAAAAAAAGAGGAAUAAACGUAAAGCAAAAAUUUAGAUUGCUGUUUACCUUUGGCCCAAAAAUUAAGUACCUGAGCCAUAAUGAACAGCUCAUACAAAUGGAUUUCGUCAACACGAACCACAUCAAAAAUGUGUAUGUAACUCCGCUGAGGAUGGAGCCUGAUUUUACGGACGAACAGAAGCAUUUGAUAGAAACGGACCAGCUCAAGAUAAUUCACGUUUUCAACCAGACACCUUCGAAGGAAGUUUUCGGAUACAGUUUUGACGUCCUCGUGGAUCCGAAUGACAAUAUGCUCGACAUCAAAAACAGGAUAAGGAAAAGGACCCUCCUGCCCAAGUACAUAUUCGACAAAAUCACCUUCUUCGAGUUUGAGAAUGGGCAGAGAAUUUGGAGGUCCAAUGACGACACCAUCAAUUGGAAGAACAAGCAGUUCGCCAUCAUUAUAGGAGAACACCAUGCCCCUUCCCAAUCGAAGCCCCAAAUGGGAAUGAAAAUAGCAUAA